AUGCCUGGCUACCAUAAGAUCGUCAAAUGGGUUCUACCUUCCUAUAGCCAACAAGAUCACUAUACGGCAGUCGACUCGGGGAAUGAGGCUGAGAAAUCAGAUGAAAUAGGGCUUUUGUCCAAAAAGGCAAUCCUAGGGCCUCGCUCAGCCUCUCGCAGUCACACUUUGAUUCUAAACAGCAUCUUAAUUCUCUCCUUCGUACUCGCCGUGAUUUCUCUUCUAGUGGCAUUUACGACUCACUACACUAUUGUGCGACGAAGCCUCAUCAGUGUCAAUUUGCCAUAUGGGAACCCCAUUCCGCCAGUCCCUUUGGAAAUGAGAAAGUUUGGACCAGCCGAAAUCUUCACUGAACGUCCGAAUCCCAGAAGCGAUGCUGCAUGGGAGGCCCUAGCAGGCCCAACCCUUAAUGACCAAGGCUUUAUUUACGUUCCCAACUGGGAAGAUUUGAAGCUACCUCCAGGAGGCGUGGUCCACGGAGAGAUGAUGUACGGCAUUAGCAUGUUUCACCAGCUUCAUUGCUUGGGUGCUAUUCGCCAUACGUUCUGGCAGUUGAUGGAUGGUAAGCUCGACCCCGUGGCUUUUGAAGCCCUUGACGGAAAUACUACCGAUCCGAACUUUGUACCCCGUGGUCAUGGAUUGUGGCACAUCGAGCAUUGCUUCAACUACGUCCGACAUGCGUUGCAAUGCUAUGGAGACACUACUAUGGAAGUGCCAACCGACUUCAAUGGCCAGUUGAUUUUCAUUGGGUGGAAUACAACGCACCAAUGUCGCAAUUUUGAGGUCAUCUGGGACUACACAGUCAACCAUUCCACAUUAGAUAGCUUGAAAUGA